AUGCAGCAUCCUCGACAUGAACAUGAAAUGAUCCUGGCCAUCGCCCUGCCCUGCCCUGCCCUGCCCGACACGGCUCCCUCUUCCGUGCGCUUCGGCGCCAGAAAGGGCUGGCAGCAUCGACAUCGAAGGGCCGGCCAGUCAGAAUGCCCUCGCCGUCCUCGUCCCAGCAUGCCGCUCGACGCGCUGCAUUCGGCGUGCAAUCGGGAUGAUCCCCCAGGAAUGUGUCUAUCCACCGCUGCGGCCCGCCAACGUGCGAAUGAGAUCUCCCGGGCACGUCUUUUUCGCAUGCACAAGCACUAUCUAUCGGUCCCGGCGAGCUGGGAAGAUCUCACCCAGCCUUCUCUCGAGCAUGAUGCACCAGCAUGCGCCGGCAUGCGGGAGCCACCAAUCUCCCUUCUGACGUCUCCCUCCCUGGAAGAAACACUGGGCGGUCGCCUCCAUCUCAAACUGCAUCUGGUAAGGCGAUCAGACACUCGUCGUACGUGGGCGGUGGGCCCUUGGUGUCUGUGUAUGCGCUGCUUAGCAGGACAGGUAAUCGGCUGCCCUUCCGCGUCGCUUACGGCGCCAUACAUCGACAGGCGAUUGACCCUUGACCGGGGGCUGAGCUCCAGUAAUACCUCACGGCUAAAUGAGCACGUCUUUGUAGCCACACCACCAAUUUCGACAACCCCAAGAGCUCGGUCCCUCAUUCGACCUUAUGCACACUUUCUUGAUCUGACUGUUAUAUGUUUUCAACAGAGGCCACCACCACCACCCCUGUUGUACUCCAUUCGCUUAUCGCCCCAGUAUGCUCACCAUCUACCACGCUGUCCAACGGAUGAGGGUAGAAUGAGUUCCUCAUCUUGGGCCGGCUACGGGCCAUCCGCACCGGCUGCAGGAGGCCCUUCCAACCAGCUUCAGCGAACUGCUUCGGGAGACCGUCAGAAGAAGCCGCAAUCCAGACAGCUCCUCUCGUGUACAAAGCGAAGCCUCCUCUUCCGAGAAACUUUCUACAGAUGGAAAGCUAAUCAAGUGAAUGAUGAUGAUGACAGUGUGAUCGGACAAAGCCAUGCUCCGCGUGCUUUUGUCGUCGGCGAGGGCAAUGACUACAGCCCCAUUCAGCAGUCAUAUGAGAUCCGAAAGCUUCGAGCGGAGAAUCAACGACUGAAGGAGAGGCUGCAAGCAGCCCGCCUCACUCAGUCGGGCGGCGACGACGACGACGACGAUGACGGGGAUUCGGCGGAACGAAAGAAUUCACGAACCACUUCCCGAGCGGCAGCCUCACGACAACGUCGCUUCAAGACCGGCGAUCGAGUCGAUAAUCUCUACUUUGGCACGCCUGGCCUCGCCAACAUCGUUGCGGAUUUCGCCAACCUGCAGUUCGGCACUCAGUCACUCACACACACAAUCCCUCGAGGAAAGGAUCUCUACCACCCUGAACAAUCAUCAUUGUAUCCAUUUUCCAUCCUAUGGCCGUCGGGAAACGGAGCGGGCGACAUGGCUCGCUCGCUGCUUCCACCACACGACGAUGUGCUGCAGUGUCUCGACGUAUUCCAAAAGCGAGCACAGUCUUGCUACUUCCCUCACACGCCGGAUGAGCUCACUCGAAAGGAGGUCGAACGAUUUCUGGGCGACGCCGUGAACUAUGCGGAGCGCGCGCCGGACAUGCUGGCCCUGAUCUUUGCAAUGCUGGCGACUGCUAUGCAAAUGGGCAUCCACGAUCGCUACGGUGGCUGGGCGGAGGGUGCCGUUGAAGAGACGAGACUGUCCAUUUCGCGCGCCCUCGCAGCCGCCAUGCAGGCGCUUCGCGUCGCAUCCUUCAUGAACACCCCUACUCUCCUCGGUAUUCAGACUCUUGUGAUGGUGGGGCCGUAUCUGACGAACAGUGGACGAUUCCUCGAUGCGUGGACGUUGUUUGGAACGACGAUUCGCAUGGCGCAUUCGAUCGGUCUCCACCGCAAUCCGCAACUCCUCGAACCCACGCCUCCUCUUCGAGAGAGCAUGAUCAGGAAGACACUCUGGUGGUGGAUGUUGCACAUGGACCAGCAAUACUCCGUCACACUGGGCCGGCCGCUUGGAAUCUCUGGCUUCGGUGACUGUCCACCUCCCGAACAGCUGACCACGAACCCGACCAUUUUGCGACUCGGCGAAUUCGUCGACCACUUGACCAUUUUGGCACGUCAGAUUCUCGGUAGCGAUGGCAUGAUGAACGUGGGGCGGAUUGACGAAUUCACCGACAAACUGCUUGGCCUGUGGGAUACGAUGCCCGAGGCCCUCCAGUUCAACGAGAGCUGGUCGCAAGAGCACACCGCGCUUCCGGACUGGCCACUGGAAGUGAUGUGUGGUAGGAAUUCGCUGACAGUGACAGUGCUCUAUGCCAAGGUGCAAUCGUUUCUCAUCCUUCUGAAUCGGCAACGGAUCGAACGCACUCAAGGAGUUGCGAGCGAGCAUUCACCGCCUGGAUCUAUGGGACCUCCUCCCCGACCAUCCUCGAUGCAGAGCUCACUCUACUCAGAGCAUCCCCUACAUCCCGCGCCACUGAGAGGCCGUUCCCUCGUCAUCAAUUCGUCAUGCGCCCUCAUUCAGGCGUUCAUGUUUCUCUAUCUGCGCAAGCCAGAAGUUCUCAUCUGCUGGACAAUGGGACAACAGGCGUUCAACGCGUCCAUGAUCCUCAUCCUUGAUGCAUGGGAGACGGAGAAUAAUGUCAACAUCCAUUGGGUUGAUAAAGCGUAUCUAGUCUUCUCAGAGCUCCAGAAGCACGGCGUCCAUCAACUGGCUGAGCUCGCGGUGCAGCGCAUCUCAGACGGACUGGCUGUGAUCGGAAACAGGGCGGCGCAGCGCCGACAGCAGGCCGAGACAACACGAAACGCUUACCAGCCUCCGCUUCCGAUCGAUACGGCUUCGAUGACAGAUUUCCCGAGUGACGCCGUAAUGGGCAACACGGGCAUGUUCCUCCUCGAGGACCUCGGAUUGCAGUCAUAUUCACCGCAUGCCUUUGCACCGUUGGGAUGGCAUAUGGCGGGCAGCGCACAUCCUUCAAACCCAUCACAUCCGACUACGCCGAGUAUUCCUUCCCCGAUCAUACCGGUCAGUCAGGUCACGGCGGCACCAUUCCCAGCCGUAAUGUCUCCUUACAGCAUGGCACCUGUGGGUCCUGCAUCAUACAGCAUUGGCAUCCCACCACACAUGUCUAGUGUCUAUCAGCAACAGCAAACACAGCAGCAGCAGCAGCAGCAGCAGCAGCAGCAGCAGCAGCAGCAGCAGCAGCAGCAGCAGCAGCAACGUCGACUCCCUACUACUACACCCUCAGCAGGUCCGACCAGACCUCCCCAAGCAGCUUUUACUCCCAUCAAUACGGAUGUCCCUUUACAACAACAACAACUCCAACGACAGCAGCAGCACUCUCCCCAGGAAGUCCAACAGGCAAGCCAGUCUUUUUCUCAGGUUCGCGGUCCCCGUCACAGCGGCACAUCAGUCGUCGCACAGGCAAAGCAGUCACAGCAGUACGGCUACGGGCGCGGGACCGCGAGGAAUCAACAGUCACUCUCAUCGCUUGGAUCGGCCGCCGAGGAGCCAGCAAAGACGGAAGUGAGGGAUGACGACGACGACGUUGCUGCUGCUGCGCAAAUACAACAACUCCUGCGCCUACUACACUCGAUCAAGCGACUUGGCAAGCUAAUGCUGGGAGGCAAUGGCCUGUACUUUGGAUAUCACGUUGGACGUACCUGUAUGAUACAUGUACCUGCUUCGGUUGGGAGGAGAAGAGAGGAGAGGAGAGGAGAGGAUAAGGAGGAGGUUUGCUCAUUACACAUUUCCAACGCGUCACAGAACGUGGGAUGCGCUUUGGAGGGAGGUGCGGGGAGGCACAGUCACGGCGGUUUUUUUGGGGGGGUAGUUUGUUUCUGCUUCUUCGUGGGAGGUCCAGCGCAGAGAUGGGAACGAACGGCAAAAAAAAACUUGGAGGAAGGGAGGUCUUGGAUUUUUUUGACUGGUGGGAAGGGAAGGAAAGAACUCAGAGAAUGA